AUGUACCUUAAUCUUUUCCUCUCUCUCUCUCCCUCUCUCUCUCUCUCUCUUUAUCCAUCUAUCUAUCUAUCAAUUACAAUAUUUUCAUAUUUAUAUCUAUCAAUCUCUCUGAAUAUUUUCAUGUCUAUCAUAAUCUUUUCCUAUCUAUCUAUCUAUCUAUCUAGCUAUUACAAUCUUUUCAUAUCUAUAGCUAUCAAUCUAUCUGAAUAUUUUCAUAUCUAUCAUAAUCCUUUCCUAUCUAUCUAUCUAUCUAUCUAUUACAAUCUUUUCAUAUCUAUAGCUAUCAAUCUAUCUGAAUAUUUUCAUAUCUAUCAUAAUCCUUUCCUAUCUAUCUAUCUAUCUAUCUAUCUAUCUAUCUAUCUAUCUAUCUAUCUAUCUAUCUAUCUCACUCAUGAAUCGUUGCAUACACGUUAUGCAUUAGACAGAUCCACUAAUUGCAUCGCUGAUCCUUUUUCUAUGUCUGCUCUCAGUCAGUCAUUAGUGCGUCUUUUCACACAAGCUUGA